GCACGUUGAGAAGAGUCGGUUUGUUCCUCGGAGUCGGCAUAGCAGUACCGUUGCGAGAACUUUCUCUGGACGUCACCCGUCUUUUUCGGAGCCUUAAGUUAGAAAUCUUCAAGAUGCUCUCGAGAUCAUUUCUGGCCGUAGGCCGUCGAGUCCUUAUGCAGUCCACUCGUACACUGGCUUCGACGAACUGCGGGCGUCUAACCGUGCGCGGAUCCCGGUCUCUCGGACGCCCCGAAUAUGCAAGACUAUUCUCGACGAAAACCAAAGGCGACGAGGAGCUGAGCAACUUCUUGAGCGAGGAGAUCCAGGCUGAGAAGAAGAGCCGGAAACAGAGUAUUCCACCGAAGAUCGACGGUUUCGAAAUCAAAACCGAGAAUGCCAACGUCACGCUCACCAGGAAGUUCAAUGACGAAACCAUCACGAUCGAUUUCAACGUAAACCACACAGUGGAAACUGAUGAUACGGACGACACUCCGGAAAAAGAGCCCUCUGAGGCCAGCCCCAUGAUGUCGAAGCCGAACUUCGACGUGUUGAUUGAGAAAGGCGGCCAGAAACUCAUGCUUUCGUGCACCUUCGGUGUGGAGCCGCAGGGGGACCAAGACGAUUACGAUGACUUGUUCCAAAUCGUCGAGUUCAGCAUGUACACCGGCGAGGAGCUCGAUGACAGCGACUACUCGGUCUCGGGCGAUAUCAUGGACGCUCAACUGUACGAUCUUCUCAUGAACUUGCUCGAGGAACGUGGCGUGACGAAUGAGUUCGCCGAACAGCUGAUAGACUUCAGCACGAGCUACGAACAUGGACAAUAUAUCGGACUCCUCGAGAAAUUGAAGGGCUUCGUGUUGCACUAACCGAGUUCCUAGACGACAUAUGAGCAUUCUCGCAGAGGAGAUCACUGUAGAAUUUUGCCUGUAGUUUCCCGAUCAAUGUGUUCUCACAGUUCAUGAUCAGCUACCUAAGGGUCUCUCCGUGGAAAUUUGUACAAUAUCAAUAAAUCGUGCGAAAGGA